CAGUCUGUGUGGCAGUCUGUCGGUCAGAGAGACAGAGAGGGGGAGAGAGAGAGAGAGAGAAGGAGAGAGCCGCGCCAGCGCAGAGGGGCACGGAGACGAAGCAGAGAGCGCAAAAGCUUCGACAUCUGGGGAGAAAAUUAAAACAACUUGCAUUUUUGAAAAAAACAAAGCCAAAAAACAAACAAAAUCGGGACGUAGCGGUGGGAAAAUUUGACCGAUCUUUCGCUUUUUUUCCCUGCACGGACAUAAAAUGAAAGGGUUACCUGGCUGCAUGUUGGAUUUUAAAUCUUAUAUUACACCGCUGCGGCUUUGACUUCAGAGUUGCGCAGGCAGAGUCUGUAUGAGUUGUCUGUUGGAGGAAUUUUAGACACUCCGGAUCAAACUUGAGUUGGACAUCCAGGAACCAGUCAGGGAGUAAGCUAAACCACCUACCCACUGCUCUCACUGCAUGCAGGACACUUAUAAUGACCAUUUGGGGCCAUGUGUGCUGUGAUGGAAGUGGUUCGAAGGGUAUCAUCCUCUGAUGAGCUGUGAAUCAGCCGGUCACGCCUGCAGUCACUCAUGACUCAACACAGGCUCUCAAUCCAAUCCUUGUUCCGAGUUCUGUCGUAAACACCACUACCACCAUGGAUGAGGAUCAAUGCUACUACAAUGAGACCAUCACCUUUUUCUACAACCGCAGUGGCAAGCCUCUUGCUAAAGACUGGGACACCUACAGCCGGUUGGUGAUGGGCCUUGGCAUCACUGUGUGCAUUUUCAUCAUGCUCGCCAACCUUCUGGUAAUGAUCGCCAUCUACGUCAACAGGAGAUUCCACUUCCCCAUUUACUACCUGAUGGCCAACCUGGCAGCUGCUGACUUCUUUGCUGGAUUGGCAUACUUCUACUUGAUGUUCAACACGGGACCAAACACAAAACGUCUGACUGUUUCGACAUGGCUGCUGCGUCAGGGCUUGAUUGACACCAGCCUUACUGCAUCUGUAGCCAACCUGCUUGCCAUCGCCAUUGAACGCCACAUCACCGUGUUCCGCAUGCAGUUACACACACGUAUGAGCAACCGGCGCGUGGUGGUUGUGAUUGUCAUUAUCUGGACUAUGUCCAUAGUCAUGGGGGCAAUACCCAGUGUAGGUUGGAACUGUAUCUGUAGCAUUAAGUCUUGCUCCAACAUGGCACCUCUCUACAGCAACUCUUACUUGGUCUUCUGGGCAGUGUUUAAUCUUGUGACUUUUGUUGUCAUGGUGACACUAUAUGCCCACAUCUUUGUGUAUGUGAGGCAGAGAACCAUGAGGAUGUCACGGCACAGCUCUGGACCACGACGCAACCGAGAUACCAUGAUGUCCCUUCUGAAGACUGUGGUCAUUGUGUUGGGUGCGUUCAUCAUUUGCUGGACCCCUGGUUUGGUCAUCCUCCUCCUUGAUGUUUUCUGCGCUAGCUGCAAUGUCUUGACCUACGAAAAGUUCUUCCUGCUACUCGCCGAGUUCAACUCAGCCAUGAAUCCCAUCAUCUACUCCUACCGUGACAAGGAGAUGAGCGCAACCUUCAGGCAGAUCCUGUGCUGCCAGAGGCAGGAGAAUGUGAAUGGGACGGCAGCGGAGGGAUCCGACCGAUCUGCGUCUUCCAUCAAUCACACGGUGCUGACUGGCAGCACCAUGCACCACCAUCACCACCACAAUGAACAUUCGGUGGUAUAAAAAAAAAGAAAGAAAAAAGAAAAAGCCCAAUGUCUUGGAUUUGAAUCCAUCUUGAAGGGAUUAUUCUCUACAGGAGAUACAGACUGAGAGAAGGUAAAUGAGUGUAUGUCAAGAAGAAUAUGGCAACUAGAAUGAAAGCUGAAAAGACUCAAGCUGUCUGAAGACAGAGCUGAAGAGAACUCUGAUAGGCUGUUAUUAUUUUGUUUUGUUAAUUUCCAUUUGUGUUAAAUGUGUUGUCACAGGCAAAGAUGAUAUGAACUAUUUAAAAUCUGUGAAGUAGAGUAUUGCCAGUAUAGCCCAUCCUCUUUAUCCAAUCUUCCUAACUUUAUGCCUGGUAGGUUUGUACUAUUACUCAUCUAGAGCCCCAUCAUUACGAAAAGUAUCGAAGUUAACAUCCUACAUUUAUGUUAUUGUUGGUUGCUGACUCACCUGAUCCCAGAUUUACAACAUAGUGUUUUUGAUUUUUGUCGGGCAGAAGCUUUAACUUUAAAUGGAUGUGGUGUAGGCUCGAGGCAGGAUAUUGUUACCAAUGUUAUAUAUAUUUCAAAAGAUGUCAUCCAAAGUGAAAAUCCAAUUCACUAUCCUGCCUAUAUUCACUUGUUUUCCAUGUUUUGCAAUCUACCAAAACCCUGUGACAUUGUUUCAUCCAUGAAUUCAACACAUUAUUUUAAUAACCUCAAACAUUAUCAUUUUCUGCUGUAGAGAGUUGUCAUCUAUUGUUUAGCAACAAGUAAAUUACAAAGUACAACCAGAUUCAUUUUUUUAUUCUAUUCUACCUAUCCUCUUUUAUGAACACGCUCUUGUGAAUCCAUCAAAGCAGGUUUUUGCUUCCAUUUAGUUUAAAUAAAGUAAGGAUCCAAUGUUUGCUACAAAUCCUGGAUUGUUUACUCCGUCUAAGGAUUUAAAGGCAAGCUGUUCCAGGGAAAAGAGUAGGAGGAGGACAGUUAUGUGAAGACAGGAUGAGAGUCAUGUUUGGUGCACUUUCAGAGACUUGAUAUUAUGACACCAAAUGUGCUGAGCAGACUGCCUCUCAGUGUUUUCCUUGGUCCCCUGAUGCUGACUUCGGGAGGGAAAAGGGGGACUUGUGGAAGUGAAUGUGAAAGUAUCGCCUGAGUUAGUACCAAAUUGCUUUGUGGUACCUUGAGAAUGGGUUCUUUAACAAAACAACUUAAAAUUAAAAAAGAAAAUCAAAACUUUUGACUCAAAAGCCUUCUCCCACUCUAUUUUUACCAGCUUUCAUGAACUAAUGAUGAUACGUGAGCAUUUACCUACCUCACUUCUGGUGAAUUUAUACCAAGCGGGGUAGAGAAAUAGCAAGAAUGGCUGGUUUAAACCUUUAUGAUUGAUUCUGUAGCCAUGCUAGCCACUGUGUCAGGCAGGGCUGUAGGCACAACAGUGCUAUGACUAUGCUGUUAGGAUGGCUAAUGACUCACAACAUAACCUUGAUUAGCAGCAAGCCGUGCAGUUUGUUGGUUUACACUUUUAAGGCAGUUUGUAAUUUGUCAGUGGUACACAGUGAAAGCUAGCCAAAAGCAGUGCUCUUGAGUUUAGUUUAGUUUUUGUGUUUUUCACCUCCAUUAGAAAAUACACAUUUUCCUUUUAAAAAUAAAGAAUUUGAAUUAAUUGUUUAGAGAAUUCUUGAACUAAAACCCCACAGACACAAAAAUGCACUAAGCCUUAGCAAAUGCUGCAGUUGUUUAACAGAAUCUGAAUGACCAGCAUAGAUUUUUACUUGCUGUAACAUUGGUAUCAGUGAUAUGAAGUAAGCAGAUAUCCAACCAAAACACGUUUUAUUUUGUGUCUCUGUCAGAGAGAUAGUUGACGCUUACUUUAAAAGUAUUAUUGGUAGCCUAUUUUUAUUUUUAUGACAGCAAUGACAAAUUAAAGUCUACUCUUAUCUUCCCCCCUUAGGGUGCCUUUAUAACUGACUCACUUAUGAGCCAGUGCAGUUCGAAUGGUGUAAUAUUUCCACAAGUGCUCUCAUUAACUUGCGAUUUUGUGCCAGCUGAAAUCCAGCAUGGCAAUGCUAUGAUGCACAUUGUUAAAAAUUGCAAACUGAAUGUUUUAAAUCAAAACACAUUCUGGCCAAAAUACAUAGACAAACCUCCCAACAACCGACAGCAAAGUGAGAAUCACUGCCAAAAGUACAGUCAAACGUUUUCCAGGAAACCAGAUGUUUUUCAGGAAUUUCAGCUGCAGAGUUAACAUGAAGUCACCAGGUAUCUUUGCCCAGAUGUUUGGCCUAUUAAUCAGGCAAUUUAUGUUGUGAUAUACAGACAAAGUUUUUUUCACCAUCACUCUGCAACACUUGCAUACAUUUUUGAUGCAUGUGUGAGAUAAAGGACUGUGGUCAGGGCACCUUAGUCAUCACUUUUGUUAGUCAUUUCCUUCCUGUGCCGGUGCUUUUUUUUUUUUAUCUCUAGCUCUGCUUCUACUUGAGCCAAAAUGAGAGAAAUAUUCUAAGGAACCAAUCCCCUAUAGCAAACUUGUUGUCUUAAAUUUGUCCAGCUUUCACAAAAUCUUGACCAGAUUUUGUCAAUAUAUGGCUCUGGACCCAACACUCCAUAUUUGAAAUUCACUGUAACAUUUCUUUUAAGUAUUAAUUCAGGUUAUUAUAUCAAACCAACUAAACAUUCAGUGUCUUUGUUUACUAGUGUGUCAGUCUUUAUGUACCUUUGUAAGUAUGUGUGUACAAUAUGUAUAUAUAAAAUAUAUUAUGCAAAGUUAAUCACCAAAGGGAAACAUGUUUUGUGUCUGUAAAUUUCACUGUGUUAUACUCUGUCCAGAUGUACUGUAGGCUUGUUUGUAUGGGUUUUUUUUAAAUGCCAUUUGUAUUGUGAUCCCAAAUAAUGACUUUCCCAUAAACACUAUUACAGCAACAUUAACUUGUUUGUGAUGCAAAAUUCAAUAUCUAUGAGUGCAGUGCUUUUCAGUUCCUGUCCAUAAAAAGUCAAUUAACAGCAGAAAAGCAGUGAUUUACCCUCUUCUGGUUGAAAGUUUUAAGCUUAGAACAUCUCCAAUCAUACCCAGAAGUGUUUAGCCGUAACCACACCCAUCAGUGCAGUCUGUAUGCACUUGUACAAUACUGCAGCAGUGAGAAGAGUAAAAAAAAAAUGAGCGGUGUUAUGUUACUUUUUAAGCUUGCUAAUACACCAGUCCUGCAUAUGUUUCAGAAGGACAGAGUGUAGGAUUUAGUGGCAUCUAGAGGUCAAGUCGAAGCAUGCAGCUUACACAGAUUGUGGCUAACAACUUACCAAAUUAAAAGUUGUUAGCCAAUGUAGAAAUGCAAGUAUCAGUAUGGAUACAAUGCCUGCCCUCUUUUAUGCCAGUGUUUAGUUAUAUGUAUGGAGAGAGAGAGAGAAAGAGAGCGAGAGAGAGCUACAGAUGUCAACAACAGGCCUCCUGAAACUGCCCAGAAAAUGGUGUGAUGACUUUUAUCUCCUUAGAUUAUAACGUCAUGGCCGUUUUACCCACUUGCUUCUUAUUUUGUCUGAAUGAUGUAUGCAGUGUUUGCUGUGGCCUUCAACUGAUGCUGCUUGACACAAACACUGUGUGAUGCAGUUCAGAAACAUUCUGUAAUACCAAAAAACUGAUGUGCUUAAUAAAAAACAAAACAAAUAACAAAGCUGUAGAUCUGAACAUUUUGUUUUUUCACAGUGAAACAUAACAUUAAAAUGAUGUUGAAAGUUUCCAGGCAAAAAGAAACCCAAAACAUGCACCACAUGUUUUAUAUUUUUAAGUAAUAGUGAAAAAAAAAUCAAUGUGAUUUCCUUACUAUCUCUACUUUAGAGUCCAAUAUCAAUAAAUGUCCAACCACAGUCAUAGUGUUGAUACUCCAGCAACAAUAAAAACAUCAGUCUGACUCCAGGUGAAAGUGUGUGAAAGUUAUCUAUAUGAAAUGAAGGAGCUUUGUGAAAAACAAACAAACAAAACAGAGACUGUAUCUUACUAUGGUUGUUCUGUUUGAUUUCCUGCCAAUAUUUGUGAUUUUGUCCAAACACAUCAGAAUGGGGAACACGGAAAGACACAGGCUUUUAUUGUUGUUGUUGUUGUCGUCGUCAUUUUUUUCCCAGCCCAUUAAAUAGUUUGUGGAAAAUGAGCCUGCUAACAUAGUUUGGGCAACUUUAACUGUUACCAGAAAUUUGUGUGUGACUGUGUAUUUAUUGUUGGAGGAGGAACACAUUUCUUCUCAAUGCUGUUUGUGUGCGACUGUUUUGCAUAGCGAGAAAAUGCUGAAUGAAUAAGUUCCCAAAGCUCACACGGUCUCCUGAGGCAGUGUUUCUGGACUUGGCUCAUAUUCGGCAGACAGUUUGGGGUUGGUUUACGCUGAACUUUUGUCAGUGAAACAGGAAAGAAGGCCCACCCACCCGCAGUGUUGACAACAAUUCAUUAGACACAUGUGAUGCCAUAACUUGAAGUCAUCUUAGAUGAUUUUGGAAUGUAAAAUGUGUAUUAGACAGGCAUAUUUAUUUAUAGCAUAUAUGUAUACAUUAGGUUGUAUAAUCAUGAAAGAUAUAUUUGGGACGAGCUGAAUAGGGGAAGGGACUGAUAAGCAUAUGCUUCCUCCUUCUGCUUUUUGAACAGGACAUUUUUGGAGUAACAUUUUACUUUUGUUUUUCUUUAUUUCCUCAUUAAUAGGAUGGCUUUCAGUGAUUUCAUGUUUAUUUUUGUUAUAUGUAUUUACAAUCAUUACUCAUAUUUUCAAAAUAAAGAUUCGAUUGACUGAU